AUGACCCCUGUCCCACCCACAGUAGUCCCUGCACAGAUCUGCACACGGCGGCCAGCCCCCUCUCCCCCACCCAGCAGCAGCCGCGGGAAGGGAGAGGCAGGGCAGAGGGUGGGGUUGCAGGGGCUCACGGCGGCCACCCCCACCACGCCACCUCCCCCCUCACUACCGCAGUCGCGGAAGGGAAGGCGACAAAGAGGGGACAGGGAGGCAACGGGGAGGGCACGAGGACACGACGGGGGAGGGACGGGGAGGGUACGGAGGGCGACGGGGAUGGGAUGGGGAGAUGACGGGAAAGGGACGGGGAGGGGACGAGGAGGCGACGGGAAGGUGUGGAGCAGCAGUGGGGGGGGAGGGGAUCUGCAGCACCAGCCCCCCCCCCCCCCCCCCCCCCCCCCUCCCCUUCUCCUCUCUCCCUCUGCUGCGGGUGCAGCAGUAGGGGGAGGGGAUCUGCAGCACCAGCCCCCCCGCCCCCCCUCCCUUCUCCUCCAUUCCCCUGCUGCGAGUGCAGUAGUGGGGGGGAGGGGAUCUGCAGCACCAGCCCCCCCCCCCCCCCGCCCAGCGCGCUGCCUGCACGCUGCGCAAGCGGCUUGCAUUGCCCGCACGCUGCCCUGCGCCGCCGGCAAGCGCCCUGCCUGCGCUGCUGGCCAGCGCCCUGCCUGCGCUGCUGGCAAGCGCCCUGGAGGGGACGGGGAGGCGACAGGGAAGGGACAGGGAGGGUACGGGGGAGAGUAUGGGGGGCGACAGGGAUGGGACGGGGAGGCGACGGGAAAGGGACGGGGAGGGGACGAGGAGGCGACGGGAAGGUGGUGGGGAGGGGACGGGGAGGCGACGGAGAAGGGACGGGGAGGGUACGGGGGAGGGUACGGGGGAGGGUACGGGGGGCGACAGGGAUGGGAUGGGGAGGCGACGAGAAAGGGACGGGGAGGGUACGAAGGCCACCCCCUUGUAUCUCACCCCCUCCCCCCUUUCCUUCCUCCAGCCCCUGUCCCACCCACAGUAGUCCCUGCACAAAUCUGCACACGGCAGCCAGCCCCCUCUCCAUCACCCCCCGUCCCCGCCUUCUCCCCCACACAGCAGCAGCCGCGUGAAGGGAGAGGCAGGGCAGAGGGUGGGGCUGUAGGGGCUCACGGCGGCCACCCCCACCACGCCACCUCCCCCCUCACUGCCGCAUUCGCGGAAGGGAAGGCGACGAGGAGGGGACGGGGAGGCGACAGGGAGGGGACGAGGACGCGACGGGGGAGGGAUGGGGAGGGUAUGGAGGGCGACGGGGAUGGGACGGGGAGACAACGGGAAAGGGAAGGGGAGGGGACGAGGAGGCGACGGGAAGGUGGUGGGGAGGGGACUGGGAGGCGAUGGGGGAUGGACGGGGAGGGUACGGGGGAGGGUACGAGGAGGCAACAGGGAAGGGACGGGGAGGGUACGGGGGAGGGUACGGGGGGCGACAGGGAUGGGACGGGGAGGCGAUGGGAAAGGGACGGAGAGGGGACGAGGAGGCGACGGGGAAGGGACGGGGAGGGUACGGGGGAUGGUACGGGGGGCGACAGGGAUGGGACGGGGAGGCAACGGGAAAGGGACGGGGAGGGGACGGGGAGGCGACAGGGGAGAAGAUGGGGACACGGCGGGCUGGCGCUGACGGCAAUUGUUGGCGGGUCCGACGGCGGGUCCGUGGGCUCGCUUGAAGGCGGGUUUGCAGGUCCGCUGGCUCGCUUGCUAACGGGUCCGCGGACUUGCUUGCUGAUGGGUCCGCGGAUCCGCUGGCUCUAA